UUAACAGGAACAUGAUUGAGAGAUCAGCCACAAAAUAGUUCCUGCUUGAGUACUUAGAAAGACAACAAUCAACCAAUAAUCUUGUUCUAUAUUCUUUGAUAACAUCAUUUCACCAAACACCAAAUAAACAAACACAACCAAAAAUCAUAUGUCUCUCUUUUCUUUCUCUAUAUUUCUACCACUUUCCUCUUCCUCUUUCCUCAGUCAUUUUUCUCUUUUCUCUUUUUCCUCUCUAUCAUGCAGCCUCUUCGUCGUAAGACUCCUCUUUUCAACUCAGAAAUAGGAGCAAUGAAGGGUCGCAAGAACAGUAACCUUUCCAUUUUUGUAGUGGUUUUUUCCAUUUUCCUCUUUGGGAUAUUCAUGUACAACGAAGAUGUUAAAUCAAUAGCUGAAUUCCCAUUCUCAAGGCCUAAAGUUCAAGAAACCCACCAAGAAAAUUCCAAAAAGGUUGAGUCUUUACAUAAGGAGACAGAGAAAGUGGUUGUUGUAGAAGAAGACAGUACUGUUGUUGAUGAUACCAAGAAAGAUGCUGUUGUGGAGGAAACUGUUACAGAAACUGUUGCUAAAAACUCAAGAACUAAACUUGAGAAAAGUGAGGAUGGUGAUGAGGAUUCUGAUGAACAACAAGAACAUGUUGAGGUGAAAAAGGUUGUGAUGACAGAGAAAGAAGAGAAGAUUGAAUUGUUGGAAGAAGAGGAAGAAGAUGAAGAAGAGGUUGAGUUGCCACCAAAAGAGUGUGACUUGUUCAAUGGGGAAUGGGUUUUAGAUAACAUGACACAUCCUUUGUAUAAAGAAGAAGAAUGUGAAUUUCUCACUUCUCAAGUUACAUGUAUGAGGAAUGGAAGACGUGAUUCUUUGUAUCAGAACUGGAAAUGGCAACCUAGAGAUUGCUCUAUGCCAAAGUUCAAGCCAAGGUUGUUGUUUAAGAAGAUAAGAGGGAAAAGAGUGAUGUUUGUUGGAGACUCUCUGAAUAGAAACCAAUGGGAAUCAAUGGUUUGUAUGGUUCAGUCUGUGGUUUCUUCUGAUAAGAAGACAUGGUACAAGACUGGUUCUCUUGCAAUCUUGAAAAUUGAGGAGCCAGAGAAUGUAAUUACUACGGUGGAAUUCUACUGGUCCCCAUUUCUUGUAGAAUCAAAUUCAGAUGAUCCAAAUAUGCAUAGCAUAUUGAACCGAAUAAUAAUGCCUGAAUCAAUUGAAAAGCAUGGGGUGAAUUGGAAGAAUGCAGAUUAUCUUAUCUUUAAUACCUACAUAUGGUGGAUGAACACUUUCAAUAUGAAAGUAUUACGAGGAUCGUUCGAUGAAGGGGCGACGGAAUAUGAUGAAGUCCCUAGGCCAGAAGCAUAUGAGAGAGUGAUGAGGACAUGGUCAAAAUGGGUGGAUGAACACAUUGACCCAAAUAGAACCAAAGUUUUCUUCACUGGCACGUCACCUCUUCAUAUCAAGAGUGAGGAUUGGAACAACCCUGAUGGCAUAAAAUGUGCUAAAGAAACAACUCCAGUUUUGAAUACGUCGACCCCGUUGAAUGUGGGCACGGAUCGUCGCCUUUUUGUCAUCGCCAACAAUGUGACAAAAUCAAUGAAGGUUCCAGUGUACUUUAUUAACAUCACAACGUUAUCGGAGUAUAGAAAAGAUGCACAUACUUCUGUUUAUACAAUACGGCAAGGAAAGAUGCUUACACCUGAACAACAAGCUGAUCCAACUACUUAUGCAGAUUGUAUUCAUUGGUGUUUACCAGGAUUACCAGACAUUUGGAAUGAGUUCCUUUAUACGCAAAUCAUCUCUCAAUCUUGACGAAUAACGUACAGAUAUAUCUUCAUACACAAUACAUUUUUCUUUUUUUACUUAAUUGUUAUUAUUUCUCCUUUUACUUAAGAAGAAAGCUUGUCCUUUUUUUUCACUUGCACGCCUCAACUUUUGUUGUUUCUGUCAGUUUUUGUAAUUUUUGAGCCACUUUUUUAUUAGGUUUUUAGGAGUUGGGCAAUUUUUUUGUUACCCUUUUACUUCAUCAAGUUUAUUUGUUAAGCCAAUUUAGCACACCAAGAACAUAAAUUGUACAAUGAAUCCUUGUUCCUUGAAUGAAGAAAAAAUAAAGCUCGAAGGUUUUGUUUAGUUAA